AAUACACGUGUGUGUAAAAGUAGCCUUUACAUUCUGAAUGAAAAGAAAAACUACUCUUUUCUAGGGGAAUUUUGAACUCUAGGAGAUCACCGUAGACACCCGCCAUGAAGCUGGUGACUAUCUUUCUGCUGGUGACCGUCAGCAUUUGUAGUUACACUGCUACUGCCUUUUUGAUCAACAGUGUGCCCCUUCCUGUUGACAAAGUGUUACCUUUACCUCUGGACAAUGUUCUUUCCUUAAUGGAUCCAUUAAAGAUGCUUCUGAAAACUCUGGGCAUUUCUGUGGAGCACCUUGUAGAAGGGCUGAGGAAGUGUGUGGAUGAGCUGGGACCGGAGGCUUCUGAAGCUGUGAAGAAACUACUGGAGGCCCUAUCUCACUUGGUGUGACAUCAGGAUCAAGAGAGAGAGGUCGACGUGCCCAUCCUCCCUGGACAAAACCCAUUCUACCCUCUCAUUGCUAAAUGUCCUAACAUUAGUGACCCCUGAAAAGAAUGAAUAAAGCAAUGAGUAGAUUUUCA